AUGGAGUCGGUAAAGGAAACAGCAGCCAACACAGCGGCGUCGGCUAUAUCUGGGUUGGAAAAGACCAAAGCCACGGUGCAAGAGAAGGUGGAGAAAGCAACAGCACAUGACCCAAUGGUCAAAGAAAUGGCAACUCAAAGGAAACAAGACAGGAUCCGCCUGGCAGAACUCGAUAAGCAAGAAGUAUAUCACCACAAUGCUGCGGCCAGACAAGCCGGCAGAGACGAAUACAUCGCAAAAGGCGCAAGAGGCCACCAGAUGACUGCUGAGCCGACGCACCAUAACAAUCGAGGAAGUUAA